AUGUCUCGUUUGAUACGGUUUUCCACUGGGGUUCGGGCUUAUUCCCAAGUUCCCUACGAGUCUGUGCCCAGAAACAGAUACAACGCCAAGCGCUCAGCAUUUAAUUUUAAACCUAACCCCACCCACGGCUUGGUUCACAAUCCACCAGCGUCGGCACCUUCGUUGAAAAAAACUCCUAGACCAUUUUUACCUGCCAAAGAUCCUCGGAUCAGCGUUCUCGCGGACACAUACAAGGUAUACUCUCCGGAAGAGUUGCAAGAUAUGCCAUUGAUAGUAGGAUAUUCUCAAAAUAGAGACUACUCUGUUGAUGGAGAAACAGCGUUAAAGAUUCAAAAAUUACGAAAUGAAAAUCCUGGUCAAUGGACUAUAAGCAAAUUAGCCAAAGAGUUUGGUAUUUCGCAGAAAAUAGUAAAUGUUAUUGCGGGCACCAAUAUUCAACGUCGCAAACAACUCGAUGGUGAGAAUUUGCAACUACAAGCAAACUGGUCAAAGGACAAAAUUCAGGCCAGAGAAGACCGUAGGAAGCGGGUACAGAUGUGGUUGCGCAACGAAUACUAG